CUCCCUUCGACAGGUGUUUACUAGGGUAAUUCUUUAACCUGUGCCGCAUGUCCGUGAAGCUUCCCGAUUCCUGUUUUCUCUAGGUCGAACUCAUCGAUACUUGCGUGCCUAAGUACCUUGGCUAUCCGGUGUGUGAGAGGUAGGUAUGUAUCAUACCCAGUGCAAUCCAAUCAACCCAGUAUACGUGUCUGUUGUAGCAUCUUCCACAAAAGUAUACGUAUAUAUAACAUGGAUACCUAAUAGACGGAGGCAGGUCGGAAAAGACCUAAACACUGCUAACCUACCGUACCUAGCCGCGAUUUGGGGUCAUAGCUUAUGCGGUUUGGUCGGUAGGUUUUCCACCCUACGAAGGGGCUGAGCCGGGCAUCAUGCCUAUGGGCGGACGAUCUCACAGACCCUUCGGAU